AUGAAAGGCUUAGCAAGAAGCUAUGUCUGGUGGCCGGGCAUUGACACAGACAUUGAACACGUUUGUAAAUCUUGUACAGGAUGCCAGGAGGUCAAGCAUGCGCCACCCGCCGCACCUAUUCACCCAUGGGAAUGGCCGUCCAUUCCCUGGCAGCGUAUUCAUAUAGAUUUUGCAGGCCCAUUCCUCGACAUGAUGUUUUUUGUGGCAGUCGAUGCCCAUUCAAAAUGGCCUGAAGUGGUUCCGAUGAAAACGACCACAGCAGAGAAAACUGUGGAGGUGAUGCGAGAGAUAUUCAGCAGAAACGGAGUCCCAGCUCAGGUAGUGAGCGAUAAUGGCCCCCAGUUCGUAUCGGAACAUUUUUCCAAUUUCAUGAGGUGUAAUGGAAUUAAACACACAACAUCAGCUCCAUAUCAUCCAAGCACUAACGGUCUCGCGGAGCGUUUUGUCCAGUCUUUCAAAUGUGCAAUGAAAGCAAGCAAGAAGGACUCUGGUUCAGUACAGAAAAGGCUGGCCAACUUUCUAUUGGCAUAUAGAAACAGUAAACAUAUGACCACGAAUGAGACCCCAGCAAAGCUCUUCAUUGGACGUAACUUACCGUCGCGGCUUGAUUUGAUCAAACCGGAUAUAAGACGAUGCGUUGAUGAACACCGCUGGAAACAAGAAUCCAAGCGACAGGUUCCUUGUAGAUCAUUCUCUGUUGGAGAGCCGGUAUCUAUACGUGACUAUCGUGGUUCACAGAAAUGGAUUUAUGGCAAG